AUGUGUUAUGCCAAUAACUAUGUAUUUUCUCAAAAUAUUGUACACAACGUUACAACUAUUUUUAAACCACACAUGUUGAAUGGACAUUAUAUUGAAUGGCCAAGUAAAAAAAUUGAAGCCGAUUAUUUACACGAAAAACGUUGUAUACCAAAAAAUAUCAUUUUCACAAGGUUUCAAAUCUGUGGAAAUCAAGUGAUUUUGGUUUCACCACGUUACAAGGAAGGUGUGCCAUUCACGUUAAGUCAAUUAAUGCUCUAUGAUAAAGACCAAUGUUUCAACUAUGUGCGACCAUUUCCUAGUUUAGAGAAGAGUACCACAGAUGAAAGUAAAUCCAUUGUAAAUGCCAUAGACAUAUACAUGGGUCAAAAUGGUAUAGUUUGGGUAUUGGAUAUAGGAAUUAUAAAUACCUUAGAAGAAACUCCAAAGAGAGAAUCUGAAGCAAAAAUAUUAGGAAUUGACUAUGGAGAUGGACGUAUAGUACAUAGAAUACCACUCAGGCCGUUAAUAUGUCGCACGCGCAGUCGACUACAAUACAUAGUUGUCGAAUAUGAUAAUGUAAACAAUGAUAAACCAAUAAUUUAUAUCGGAGACGGAGGAACUCGUUCAAUUAUUGUGUGGAACGUACAAGUUAACGAAGGCUACCGAGUAAAAUUGCCAUAUUCUUCAACUACAACAUGCACAGAUUUUUCUACAGAAGAUGUGUUUUACCUAGUCUUGAUUGAAAAUUUUAAUUCCAAUUACAUAUAUUUCACCUAUUUGUCGAGCUCAGAUAUGUUUAAAGUACGCACCAAAGAUUUACAAAAACGAAUUAAUCCGAAAUGUAUAAUUGACGUUGGACGAAAACCCUGCAAAAUGGUAGUUUUAGGUUCUGCAUAUGGUUCAAUAAUGUAUUUCCGAAUAAAAGGGUUGAAUAAUUUAUAUAGUUGGGACACAAAAGAAAGUUUUUUAGAAGAAAAUAUUAAAAUAGUAAAGAAAAGUGCAGACUGUCGUACAAUAACACAUAUAGAUGUUGACAAUAGUGGUGUACUAUGGAAAUUAGAGAGUAACUUUGAAGAUUACGUAGUUAACACAGUAGGAUGUUAUGGUGCUAGUAUAAUGCUCUCACCUAUAGUUGGAAAAUUCGUACCUCCACAGCAGGAAAAAAAUUAAUUGGCUGAGUAAUAUUACACAACUAUAAAAAUUCAGUAUUUAAAA